GCGCAGGAGACUGUCACACUGUUGGAAGGUGAGUUACAGACAGUAAGAGUUACAGUUGUCUAGAAGUAAGCAGUGAUGUAUGUAGGGAGACAUGUAAAGUGCUGGCCAGGGAGUGUGCCACUAUGUUAGUUACUUGUAUAGACGAGGCAGGAGCGCAGGAGACUGUCACACUGUUGGAAGGUGAGUUACAGACAGUAAGAGUUACAGUUGUCUAGAAGUAAGCAGUGAUGUAUGUAGGGAGACAUGUAAAGUGCUGGCCAGGGAGGGUGCUACUAUGGUGGUCACUUGUAUAGACGAGGCAGGAGCGCAGGAGACUGUCACACUGUUGGAAGGGUCCAACCAUACCGCUAUGAGAUAUGAUGUGACACAAUUCGAUUCCGGCAAGGAACUGUUGAAAUCAAUCAUCCAGAAGUAUGGAAGGCCUCCAAACAUCCUCGUGAACAGUGCUGGCAUUGCUACGGUCAUCGGCCUGUUAGACGAGACUCCAGAGACCUUCCAGCGAGUUCUAGAUGUCAACCUCAAGGGAACUGUGUUCACGAUCCAAGCUGUGUGUAGGGAGCUGGUGGCCGCCAAUAUGCCAGGGUCUGUGGUGAACAUCUCCAGCAGAACAGUCGGCAGACCUUUGAAGUACAUCAGUGCCUAUGUGGCCAGCAAGGGUGGGGUUGACGGAAUCACCAAGUGUUUCGCGAAGGAAAUGGGCCCACAUGGAAUACGAAUAAAUAGUGUACAACCUGGAAUGAUAAAAACACCCAUGCUUGGCGAAGAUAAUUCCUCAGACAUGGUAAACGAUUGGGUGGCCGACACCUCCACAAAGCGUUUAGGACAGCCUCAAGAGGUGGCCGAAGUGAUCACAUUUCUAGCAUCUGAUCGAGCCUCGUACAUAAAUGGCGCUCACAUCACCAUAUCCGAUACUUACUAAAUGAGGUUUCAUUCUCAUAGCGUAUUCUGACUUCAGCAGUACAAUCUCUGAUAUUGAUGUUGAAUACAAACAUUUUUGAAACUUAAUUCGUGCAGCAGGUUGGAAUGAAUACCCUUAUAGGAUCUCGGGUAUUUGCCAUCGUUAUAUGUUACAAAACUAAACACUACGUUUCGAGGAUUAUAUCUACCCUCUUCAUCAGGUGCCAAAAUGUUAAGGUGUAAGGUUUGUCUUGCUCAAAGAAUUUAAAAAUCACUAGGUCGUGGAUAAUAUCUGAAAAAGUUACAAGUUACAAAACUAGUGUUCUGGUUUUGCAACAUAUAUCAAAGACAAAUUUCCUAUUAUCCUUUAAAAUUGUCCAUCGUCGAUAACGAAAUUUAAGCAAAGAAUAGCUACAUUGAUUUAAAUUAUCAUUAACAUGCGUGUUUCUUCAACUCUGCAACAGUGAAACAAUGAAGACUCACUUUGAAUUUUUUUUUCUCUAAUAACUAAACUGAGUUUUAUGAAUGGUUUAAAGAAUGGUCAAUGUAACAUUUCAACCAUCUACAGUAACAGAAUUAGAUUGAUAGCAUUGUCAAUUACCACACGCAAUUCGAACAUCACCAAACAUACAAUAUAUUAUUAUUGGAAACACGCAUGGAAAAGGAAUAAAGCACAUUAUAUUGA